AUGGGUGAAAAUAAGAAAUUGUUAAAUUCAUAUAUUUACGAUUUCCUAAUAAAAUCAUCACUAGAAGAGACAGCUCAGCUGUUCAAACAGGAAGCAGAAGUGGCAGAUGGCAAGCCGGAGAUGGAUGCACCACAGGGGUUCCUGUAUGAAUGGUGGCAGAUCUUCUGGGAUAUAUUCAAUGCUCGGACGCAUCGGGGAGGGUCAGAUUUAGCUCAACAGUAUUUUCAAAUGCAGUUGUAUAAGCAAAGACAGGAACAUGCCUAUCGAGGUAUUGCGAUGCACGCGGCUAGGGUGCAGCAGCAAGCGGAGCAGCGUGGAGACUAUGAGCAGGAGCAGUUUGAUCCAGUAAUGCUUUCGAUGGUGAUGAUGAUGAAUACGCAGAAUAUGAUGAUGGCGUCUGGAAGGCCAACGAAUUCUUCGCAGCAGCUGCCACACCCAGGAGCUGGGCUAGCGGGUCCUCUUUAUGCAGCCCCAGGUCCUCACCCACUGGGUCCUAAUGGGCAGCAGCAGCAGCAGCAGCAACCGCAGAAUAUUGCUCCCCAUCUGCCGGGAGGACCCAUGGGUUCAAUGGGUCAGCCUACUGGGUCGGGUCCCCAAACCGCUGCCAUGCUCGGGCCAUACUUUGAUCCUUCAAACACUUCGCCACAUCAGAUAAUAAGCGGGUUGGCUCCUAUGGCAGGUAAUAUGAUGGCUCACCACGAACAGCAACUUGAUACACACAAUCAAAUGCCACGUCAGUCACAACCUCCGACUUCUACCAAUACUACAUUAUCCCCUGAGCAACUGAAUCCUCAUCAGCAACUUCAUGGCGGGCCCAUGUUUCAAAACCAAGUUCCUCUCUAUCCAUACAAUGUUGCUAAUAACAUGUAUCCAAUGCAGCAACAGUCAUCUAUUGGGCAGCAGUUUGUGCAAUCUCAGGUUCUUUCAAUGCCUUCGACUUCUGCUGUUAGUGUUACACCGUCAAAUUCUUCUGCUCCAAAUGCAACGACUGCUGGAUCACCUUCUGGUGCAACACCCAAUCCGACCAUACAAAGACGACGGAAAAAGCCCCAGCAGCAGCAACAACAGCAGCAACAACAACAACCUGAGAAGCAUCCUCAGCAGUCUCAACAGUCUCAACAACCUCAACAAUCGCAACAGCCUCAGCAGGCUCAACAACCUCAACAGCAGCAGGCUCAACCACCUCAGCAGCAGCAGGCUCAACCACCUCAGCAGCAGCAGGCUCAACCACCUCAGCAGCAGCAGGCUCAACCACCUCAGCAGCAGCAGGCCCAACCACCUCAGCAGCAGCAGGCCCAACUAACUCAACAACCUCAACCACCUCAGCAGCAGCAGGCUCAACCACCUCAGCAGCAGCAGGCUCAACCACCUCAGCAGCAGCAGGCUCAACCACCUCAGCAGCAGCAGGCCCAACCACCUCAGCAGCAGCAGGCCCAACCACCUCAGCAGCAGCAGGCCCAACCACCUCAGCAGCAGCAGGCCCAACUAACUCAACAACCUCAACAACCUCAGCAGCACCAGCAGCAGCAAGUACAAUCACAAUCACAACCGCAACUGCAACUGCAACCGCAACUGCAACUGCAACCGCAACUGCAACCGCAGCUGCAACUACAACAACUGCCACAGCCUCAAUCACAGCAACUGCAGCAUCAGCUGCAGAAUUCUGACAAGGAAUAUACCAAUGUAGAUGGCUUGCAUAAUUACAGAAAGCAGCUACUAUUAUUGGAAAGAGAGAAUAAAAAGGCAAUAUCUGCUGCUCCAAGGGAAUUGUCAUCAGCGGGAGCCACUCAGUUGUCAAAUCCCCAUUUAAUGCAUCGCUUAAGUCAUGGUAUGCUGCCGCCGUCCUCCGUCCUCUCUUCUGCACAAAGCAGCCCCAAUUCUGUUGGAAUUGGUAUUUCAGCUACCUCUGGAGCAAUGAGUUCAUCGCUUAAUGCAGUGCCACCUACUGCUGCACCAGUUGGAGGUGCUUCAAAGAAGCGGAAGUAUACCAGGAGGAAAACUGACCAAAAUAAAAAAUCGUUGUCUGAACCGAACUCUCCUGCAACUCCAUUGACACCAUUUACCAAUGUCAACCUGACACUGUCUAGCACUCUCUCUACUGUAACUGAGGUUCCCCAUCAUGAAACGACGCCUUCUCCCUCUUUACUAGACGAUGAUGAUAAAAAGAGAAAACGGCCAAAGAAGUCACAGUCGAGUCACCCAACUCCACCUUUUUCAACUGAAAGCUUAAUGGACCCCGCCAAUGCAACAACAACGAACGCAAAAAAGAACGUCCCCACACCGGCUCUGUCUGUCAACACACCGGCUUCCGUAUCGGUUUCUAAAAUUAGAACUAACAGUAAGAAGACUCCAAGUUCCAGUGCUUCUUCUAAUGGCAAAAAGUCGUCAAUAUCCUCUACCACUACACCGAAUGUCCCUACAGGUCCUACUCCUACAAUUGUGCACACGGGUAAUGCAAUCAGCUCUGUACCUACCAAUGAGGAGUUUUUAGGCGGAAGUGGUUCAAGCAACGAUUCUGGAGCCCACAGCAGUCUUCCAAUUCCAACAUCGAAUAGUGACAUUAGCCCAUCCAACCACCAUCACGAACUUGAAGCAUUGCAUCAUGACCCUACCUUGAGCGCGGAUGCCCAAUUUCACUUCGACCAGGAAGAUACAGAUUUACUUGUCACCAUAAAGAAGGGACCGGGCAGCGGUAACCAUAUGGAUACAGUUGUUGCAACAGGUGAGAUCUCGAAUUCUACUACCGAUGCGACUAAUAGUGCUUCAUUAUCUACAAACGGGAACAGUGGCAAUAAAGGCCAAGACGCAUUUAACUUAGAUUUUUCUGAUCCAAACUCUACAUAUAACGAUUUCAACUUCUUUCAAUUUAGUUGGCGUUAA